AGGGAUGACCGAGGGAGACUAGACCGAGAUAUUAUGGUCAGCUCAGCAGCGAAGUCACGUUGCCUUAGUGCGAGUUGUGUAAUGUUUACCUCAUAAAACCAUUGAUCUCUGGUGGAAUCUAUUUGGUCUGUAUCAAAAUGAAGCCAUCGUCUGGUAAAAUAAAUCCCGAUUUAGCCCGUGAACGAGGAAAGGCAUCCUUUGACACAAGGGAACUAACUUACUUGCUUUAUGGAGGCCGAGAGAGAACAGAGCGUAAGAAAUUCUUAGGUGAGAAUAUCGAUUGGUGGUUAUAGCUAUGAGAUUGGCAUUUCUGUUAGAUGGCAUUUGGAUAAAUAAUUUCUGAUAAUUGCUUUAAUCAGGUAAUUGGGGAGAACGUGGCAAACGCAUCUGCAUCGAGCGUGACCAGAUGCGAAAUGGAGUGUUCGUAUGGAAAUCGACACUCUAGCUCGAGAAAUGUCACGCGAACCGAGACCCUUGCAAAGUGGACCUUAAACCUGACACACUUGAGUGACACAUAACCUACUGUCUAUGUGACGUUUAGACUAUGAGCUCUAGAUUUCUAUCGCUUUACAACUGUGAUGAGGGUGAAGCUCAAGGUGACCAUCACACAUAGGAAUUUAGAGCGAAUAGACGUAUUGUUGUAGUAUAAUUAUCCCUAAGGCUCAUGGUUUUAUUGUAUUGUUGAUAUAUGUGUUUUCAGUUGAAUGUACUUUUUUAUGGAUGCAUUUAAUACUUAUAAUGGACUUGUCGCACUAAAAUGGUAGUAGGAACUGCUAGAGGGACUUUCCUCCCCUGUCUGGUGAUUCUGGGAUGUUUGAACCCUGAUACAAGAAGACAUCAACAUAAGGGUGCAACCCAUGAUCCCAUGUUGGGGUGGAGUCCUGGGGUGCCUGUGGACCCCCCCAAUUUUGUAAGCAAACAACUCAUACAAUAUUCAGUAUUCAGGUGACAAAAAUUGAUGAAAACCCUCUGUUUGACACAUUGUGACCCCCCCUAACCAAUUGUCCACCCUUCAUGUUCAGUAUUUAUGAUAAAACCUGUUUUAGCUUUUAAUUAAAGGUUUUUUUUUGUCAUCAAAUAUAAUUUAUUUUUCUUUUUAUUCAAUUGAAGAGUCAUUGGUAGAGAAGGAUCCUGUGCUUAGCAAAGAAGAUUAUUACAUCCUUGACCGCAGGCGUGCUUAUGAGAGAGGUUUACAGAAAGGAUUAAGAAUCACCGAGCUAGUGAAAGAACAUCGGAUAAAUGAUCCUAAUGAUCAAAGAAUUUUAGGAAGGUAUAGAUAGCGCAUUUUAAACAAAUGUGAAAGUCUGACAUGAUCAUUACUGGUUAAUAAAAGGCAUGAACGUUACUGAUAAAUACUGUGGGCCACAAUCACAGUCAUUGUUUAUGCCUAAGUGUGGGGUACUUCUCAGUCAGCAGCAGACUUAAUGAGCAUGAUUGCAAGUGUAAACAGAAACUGUUAGUAUCUUUUGGGCAAGCUAAGAUUAAAGAACUCUCAGCUGACUAUGAUUACAACCUACUUGUUUUAAGCCGAGUCAAUGCUUCAGUAACAGAUGGGAUAACUACUGGGAUAGCUACUCCUUAAUUAUAGGGUAGUCACCAAUUUCAAAACUUUCUGACAUGACUGUUUAAAAGGAAUCUUGAAGAAGUACUUUGUUUCUAGUUAGAUAUGAAUUCCUCGAGCUGAAAAAGUGUGCAACUGUAAUGCAAAAUUAAAAUCUGAUAAAUCAUUAUGAGAUGUAUACAAAAUUACAGGCUAUCAACUCUUUCCCUAGGAGCACACAAACCCAGCUGCCAUACGCCUUGCAUAAAGUGAUGUUCAUUCCUACCAUAAAGGUACCUCAAAUUGUUCAUAUUUGUUGAAAAAGCACAAACUUACUCCAAAAAGAAAAUUUUGUAACACUCCUAAACGUCUCAAUUUCAGAAAUUUAGUCAGAAGUAGAUGGUAAUGAAAAAGGCUGACAACUAUGAAAUGCAAAUUUUUGAUUAUGUUGCAACAGAAUGAUGCAACCUUCUUUCUAACAGACUUUACAUUUUAUCUCAAAUGUUUUUGUAGACCACACCUGUAACAAUAGGUAUAGGAGAGUAAACUAGGGACUGAAAGCUAGAGGGCUGGGGCUGCUUUUUCUUAUUCUCUGUGUAACCUGCAUCAAGCUUCUUUGGUUAAUUGCUGAAAAUUACUGUUACAAACAGACUGAUUACAUGUGAACUGCAGAUUAAGAAAUGAAUAUGGAAGCAAUCUUUGCAGUAAUGAACACUACUUAAGCAGAAAUGAAAAUAAGGCCUGAAAAAAUUCAGUCCUGUAUGGGAUUUGAACAUUAUUCAUCACUUCACAGGUUUAUUACGAAGCAAAAAAAUGACCAGCUCCCAGCUGGCUUGUUAUGUUGGUACCUCAGUUGGAAGAGCACUACACUGGUAUCACAUAGGUCAUGUGGGUUCAAAUCCUAUACAGGCCUGAAUUUUUUCAGGCAUUAUUUCCACUACUGCUUAAGCAGUGUUCAUUACUGCAAAGAAGGCUUUUAUAUUAAUGUAGUUUCUUUCUUCUGUCAAUUAAGGGACAAGGAAGUGAAGAACAAAAAGCAAAAUGGCUGCCUCUUGCAGAGUCCUUUCAGAUAAUAGGAACAUAUGCCCAGACUGAAAUUGGCCAUGGUGAGUAUGAAGGUCUAUGAACAAAUUCUCCUUGUCAGCAUCUUAUGAAAUGUAUAGAGAACAGUAUGGAGAAUAUGCAUACUGAUGUUAGAGUGGCAAAGGUUAGGUAUUUGGCAUUUAGUAAUUUGAUGAAUUAUCUUGUGUAUAAAUUUUAUUUUCAGGAAAUUUUGUGCGUGGCCUGGAGACAACAGCAACAUAUGAUAAGACCACACAGGAGUUUAUUAUUCACUCACCGACUCAUUCAGCUUGUAAAUGGUGGCCUGGAAAUCGUAUGCUCAAAAUUAUGUUACAUAUGGAUGUAUUUUAAAGAUUUGGUUAGAAAAGAUACUUAAGUACCGGAUAAUGAGGAGGAGUUGUGGGCGAGAAGGGAUUGGGACAAGAGAGGGUGUUUCUCUACCUAGACGGCUGUUUUCGUUCAAUCAUCAAAUCUUGAAUGACCUUAUGUGAAAAGGAAAAAAAAAUGAAGGGAAUUUGGCCCUGUAGAUUCAUGAUUGUGGUUAAAUUUAUUGCUUGAACUCUUCAGUAAUCUGUAAUAAAUGCUAUACUACUUCCAUUCUGAAGUAUUGAUUUAAAUGUCGGUUUUUUGUUUGCUUUUUUUCCUCAUGGUUGAAUAACCCGCGUGAAAAAAAAGCAGAUCAAUUUACUUUUGCAGAUUUAUGAGUGCGAAUAAAUUUAUCGUCUAAACUCUGUCCUUUCUUAAUGUUAUGCUACAGUGCUUCCAUUUUGAAAUUUUUAUUUAAAAUGUUUUCUAGUGGGAAAAACUUCUAAUUUUGCGACUGUGCCCGCAAGGCUGAUUGUUGAUGGAACUGAUCAUGGAAUUCAGAUGUUUCUAGUUCAGUUACGAGAUCUAGAGACUCAUCAACCUUUGCCAGGUAAGACAUCUUUGCAAGAGAAAAAGCAAGAGAAAUUAAAGAAAAAUACUUGCACAUAUACACACCACAAGGCCCCCAAAUACAUGACGAAACGAACUUGAGGAGGAUUUUUCUUUGUAGCAUUAAGACACACAGAGAUGUAAACGCAAGCGCAAACGCAAAGACAGGAGAAUGGCUUUUUUUUUCAUUUCUUGCUUACACGACUGCGUUUGCGUUGCUGUAUGCGUCCGCGCAGCAAAUACGUGUAUUUCCUUCAAGUUGCGUUUGUAUUUGAACUUUAUUUGCUUCGUAAUGUUACCAUGUUCCAACCAACAGCGUAGCUCCAUUUUUAUGCAGAUAAAACACCCACAACUCACAAUUUUAUCUAUUCGCUCAGACGAAGGGCUAAUGCUCGGAACGCCAGCUUUAGAAACUGUUUACCAUGGUCAAUUCACUUAAAACACCUCAAUUGAUAAAGCCAUAAUCCCCCCCUCCCUCCCCCGAAGCAGUACUACAGUUUCUUCAGAAACGUACCCCCUUUCAACAACCACUACAAUCUGUUUGGCGCACUGUGAUUUAUCAUGUAAGACCUUUUAUUCUUCAAAAAUAUUCAGGUAUCACGAUAGGAGACAUUGGAGCCAAGUUUUCUAUGAUGUACAACGGGAGUGACAAUGGAUAUCUAAUGUUUGACCAUGUCCGUAUUCCACUAGACCAGAUGCUAAUGGGUCUUUCAAAGGUAGUAUGAAAUGGGUUGUCGUGCUCGUAUAUAUGACUUGGCAUUAGUGCUGGCUUUUAUGGUACAAUGAUAAGUGGUUAGACACUCAAAGGGGUGGAAACCUCAUUGUGGUUGCAUAAGUUUUUCUAAUUAAAGUCAGGUAACAUUCAGAAUGCUCAAAAUCCAACUUUCUCUCAUCACAGUUUAACGUAUUUUUAAUGUAACAAAUAUCGCGAAUCGCUACUCGUGUGUUUUCAACCUUACCAGACUGGUCUGAUACCAAUCAAAAAACGAAUUGAACCAUAUAAAUUAAUGACGGAAAAACUCAAAACCCUUAAAUGGUUUAUCGCAAUAAAACGCGACCCGAAACUCCUUGCUGUGAUAACAUUCUGUCUUCGCUCUGAGAAAAGCGUACAUAACUUUCUAUCAAUCGCUCAUCCUUGCACUUUUCUUUUUUUUUCCAGCUAUUUUGCAUUUUCCCCCUACAUCUAUUUAGAUUUGAUUUUGAUAGGCUUCAUAUAUUGAUUUUACUAUCAAUAACCAACAGUUGUCCCCUGACGGAACCUUCACAAAACCAGCCAACUCCAAACUGUUGUACGGUACCAUGAGUUUGAUGCGGGCAGGUAUUGUUGGCGACUCCUUCUGGCAGUUAUCAAAAGCGAUCACUAUUGCCAUUCGUUACAGUGCUGUGCGUCGCCAGGGUCAGCUAAAACAAGGGUAUGGGACAAGUUUAUUGGUUUUAGAAACCAUAUGCAUUCCUGUCAUCAACCUGUCGACACCCAAGAGUGACUAGCAUGAUAUUUUCUCGUUUCAUUACUACCCCUGAAGUAAAGGUUGAGGUGACUCCUCAGAAAAAAAAAGUUAUCGAACAAUUUUUUUUAACUUUCCUUAAAUAUACCCUACCAAUGUCUGUUUCGAAAAAUAUAAUAAAAAGGAUAGGUCACUGUGCUUGUUUAGGAGAUAUAAUGGACUAGACUCACCCCAUUUAUGUCUGUAUUGGCACUAUUCACGCGCGUCAUGUCAUCAGUUCACGGUACAUUUUGCUGCAGCUGGGAGCAAGUGUUUUUAAGGUAACACUUGGAAAAAACUUGAUAGAAAGAAAGCCUCGAGCGUUUGAAAUUGCGUAAAUUCAAACAAUAUCGACUCAAAACGUUCCUCGAGUCGUUCCUUUCAUGGUCGUUAUUCGCAUCCUCGAGUAACGGGCUUCGUGCACGCUUUUAGUUUAUCUUUUAUCCCUUCGAAUAAUUUUUUUAAUUCCCUCAACUCAAAGGGGAUCAAUUGACUCUUAGAUGCGCUCACUUGGCUGUUAAUGAGGACUCAGUUUGUUUUUUGUUUGUUAGUUUUUUUGUUUUGAUUUGUGUUAACAUGAUGUUUUAAAUUGUUUGUUGGUUUGUGUGCGUCAGGUUUUUGUUUGCUUGUUUGUUUGUUUUUCUUUCGUUUGUUAUUAUACGCGUUACGAGAAGGUUUGGUUUAAUUAACCGUUGGUGAAACACUUGGAAACAUAUUUAGUGAUUUACCCACAAUUUGUCUUUGAUCUUACAACAGGGAACCCGAGACCCAGAUUAUCGAUUACAAGACACAACAGUACAAACUGUUACCGGGGCUGGCUAUGGCCUAUGCCUUAAAGUUUGCGUUUGAUCAUGUGUGGAGAUCGUUUCAGGAACGUCAAAAGAAAAUUGCAGCUGGUGACUUGUCCAUAUUACCAGAGGUAAAGUAAAACCUUUUCGUGUUCCCAGUCUGGGAACUUUGGCUAAAAUAGUUUAUUUCGUACAUACUGAGAUUUACACUGUGAAGUGCUAUCCUUCGUGUUUGAUUGGACGAACGAUGUUUUUUCACAGUCGUUCGCUUCGUACUGCUCAGUAUAAAUCUUAGAAUGUGUGAAAUAAAAACAUCACCAUGGGAAGUGCGCACGAACGAUUUUUAUUCACUUGUUAUAAUGCAUCAAAAAGCUCCCUUGUCGCUGCACUCGCUCGUUCUUUUUUUUUGAUGCAUCGCCACUCGUGAAUAAAAAUCGUUCGUGCGCACUUUUCAUGGAACAGUCUCUAUUUAUCUCGUGGAUGGCAUUUCGUGCCUUUCUCAUUUGUAUCCGCCGCUCACAGUCCUCAACGAUUAUUCCAUUUGCGUUCGUUGAAAAUGAGAUCGUAAAAAGGCGAUGAGAGGCGUAGAUCUAAAGUUGGUUAGAACUGUCUUACGACAAGUGCGGAUGGAAUGAUAGUCGCUGUACUAAAAAUCACUCAAAUAAUUACCUUAAAAUAUGCGACAUCUGAAUGAUUUCGAAGAAAAGUGCGAUGUUUAUGCCGUGAAAAUGGUCUAUGGUAUAUGAGUUGAGAUACUAUGGGUUGUCAACCAGUCAAAAUUCAAUGCAAUAUACUAUAGCCAGCCCUUUUAAAUAGAGGAUGUCGUGUGGCAGCCAUUGUAAUAUGAAUUUUAUCCUAAGUGAGAGAUUUUAUCGGCACGUACAUUAUUCUUUUUAUUUAUUUUUUUUUACAACAAACUUUGCCUGAGUUUUCCUCAAGCUUACUCUUUUUUUUCUAUUUCUUAUUUGUAGAGCCAUGCUAUCACAAGUGGUCUCAAGGCUUUUUCGACUUCAACGGCCAUGCAUCAUGCAGAGACGUGCCGACUGGCGUGUGGUGGACAUGGCUACUUACUGUACAGCGGUCUUCCUGAGUUGUAUACAUUGUUGAAUGCUUCCUGUACUUACGAGGGAGAUAAUGAUGUUCUUUUCCUGCAAGUAGCAAGGUAAGCUUGUAUACAUUAUUGUACUGCCUAAAUGGAUGUAGGUGACGUCGCCCCCCCCCCUACACGGGUGCCCCAAGUGAAGUCCGUCGCCCCGAAGUAUGAUUGCCGCGCCCUGAAGUUUUUGUGCGUCACCCCCAACUUAAAGUUGCGUCGCCCCCGACUUUUGACCUAAAUGUAAUUGAGGUUUUAAAUGUACUUUUGUAGACGGUUUAAAAGCUUUUAAGUUAGACGGCCCUACUAACAAAAACGAUCGCAAUGUUUUGACUGCGUAGUGACCUGGUAGAAACAUCCCUCGCCCAAUGGUGAUGGGUUUCUGAAGUCACUUCUUACUUUGACUUUUGGCGUUUUUUUUUUUCCUUUGAAAGGAAAAAUUCAUGUAAUUUCACGUUCAUUUCUGCGCUUGGGAUCGUGUUCUCCCUGAUCGUUCGUGUAUUCAGCUUCUGGCAUUAGUUGAAAUUCUUCUUGCGCUGCACAACUGAUUACAUUUGCAGGGAUUAUAUUUCGUUACAGGUUUCUGGUAAAAAUCGCCUCUCAAGCUCAAGAGGGAAAAGCUCUUCCUGUUUCACUGAGGUAUUUGUCACGAAGAAAUGAACAGUGUCCGGUAAUCAAUGGAGAAGGAUUUUUGGAGCCAGGUGUGCAAAGAAGAAUUUAUCAGGACAGGACUGGCAGGUGAGAGAAUUUAACCGUUCCCACCGCCACCCCAAAAAAAUGAUUUGGGAAGCCCGUAAGUAGGCUAACCUACUCUUGCGUGCCGUUAUGUGGCGAUCCCGCUAGAUACGUCAAGCGUCCUGCUUUUUCAAGCUUGAGACGGUGUCAGGUGUCCGUCCGUUCAGUGGCCUUGUAGCUUGCAUCAGUUUUAAGCAUAUCCAUGUAGAAAAAGAAAUAGGCUGUCACCAAUUAAUUUAACGUUCCCUUGCGUUCCUUCAGCGAGGUGAGGGCUGUUGCAGAAAAGUUUCAAAGAAAAAUUUCUUCUGGAACGGACUCCUCUGAUGCUUGGAACGAGCUGUCUGUAGACUUACUACGCUGUGCUAAGGUGAGCCAGAGAGCGAGGUGACCAUAACACAAGCUGUGUUGCAGAGAAAUGUUCAGUUGAUUGAUUUUCAAAAGUAAUCUGUAAUUUAACUAAUCUUACUCUUAAAACUGCGCGCUAGCCUCCAGUGCAGGCGUCUUCUUAGGGCGAGUUAACGUGAAGAAGCUCGCGAUUGUUCAUUUAACCGGCCAUGUCUGAUUUGGAGUUACGUCGCUCACCCGCUUGGUACAAAUUUCUACCUCUCCCCGGUCUUCCGCUGCCAAGAAGAUCAAAUAUGGCGCUCUCGUUGGCCAAAAUUACGCUUGCUAUGCAGGCUAACCGCUUACCAGCAACCCAACUAAUAAGCAGGAAACUGGGCGCAAUCCUGCCUUGCGCACCCACGUUUUUCUUUUUCUCACUGGCUCUUCUCAGUGUUUUCCCCUUUUUGAUUGGCUAUUGCAAUUGAUUACGUUGUCAUCUUUGUAGUUGGGUUGGGCGUUGCGUUUUCCCGCGCAUAUACCCGCUCCUGUGUCAACACUUUGAGCUCUCAUUGGCUCUCCUCAAUAUUUUCCUUCUUCGGAUUUGCCGUUAUGAUUACGCGAUCUUUUGCUUCAGCCUUUUAAUGGAGUGUGCGCAGCCUUUGAUCCGCGCGGACGUCUGCAAGUAAUAUGUGCCUCCAAUAAAGAUAUCUCACUUAGAUAUAAAUUAUUAGUUUAUUUUUUCUCUUUGUUUCAGGGUUAUAGUCAUUGUGUUAUGGUUUCGUAUUUAUUGGAUUCGAUGGAGAACCUGUCUGGUGUUAGUUCAAGUUUACGCAGGGUGCUGAAAUGUGUGGCAGAUUUGUUUGUUCUUUGGGGUAUCGCUGAAGACUCAGGAAGUUUUCUGGAGGUACCAAACGAUUUUUAAGAUUAAAAACUUCAUAAGUAAGAGCGAUAAUGUUCUGAAGUUGGUAAUAGAAAUGAUUUUAGCUCAGAUGAAACGCCUACAACCUCGACCUUCAUACCGAGUGAUAAACAAACAAGAACAAAAAAGCGAAUAUGAUGUAUCCAGCUUUAAGUAGUGUAGAAGAGAAACCUGCAUGAAAAAUGAAAAUGAAAGAUUGGAAGCCAUUUUUAAUAUCAGUUGUAUGAAGUAUCAGUUGCCUUCUUUUUUUUCGCCAUUUCCUGUUAGGCUGGAGUUCUUAACUGCGCUCAAACUCAAACUAUACGACAACAAGUUUAUGAUUUGAUGGACAAGCUCAGGUGAGUUGACUAAGAAUAAAAAUCCCUAAUUCUUAAAAGGGUAAUUUAGUGUUAACAACUGUGGAGUUGAUAACGUAAAUUGGCCACCGUAAAGAGUUUGAAAGCUGACGUUACGAGCGUUAGCCCUUUCGUCUUUCCCUCUGACGAAGGGCUCGAAAGUUCUGAUAUUCAAGGUUCUGAUAUUUAGCAGUUCUGGAAAGCUGGGUUUUUUUUUUAAUUUUUUUCAACUUUGUGAAUUGUUUGCUGUCAAGAUCGAGUUUUGAUAGUAAUGAAAUUCGAAUACUAGAAUCUUUAGGAAACGGAAUAAAAUAAACUUGUCCUUUAGCAGUUCUAUUCGUGAAAUUUAGAAGUUUAGAUAUGGCUUAAGGCCCACAUUUUCGAGAGUACGGCCUGGGCCUUAUAUUCGACAUUUUUGAACGCGGGUUAAGAAAAUUGGGUCGAGUACGCAAGGCCGAGGUCAGGACGGAAUGGUCCUAGGAGAACCAAGGCCUUGAUAAUUGUCUCAGUCAUCAUUGUGAAACCGAAUCCAAAUCUAUUUUAGCCCGCGCGCGCGCCCGCUUGCUUGGUUGUUCAGACUGUUUUGUCAUUUUUUUUUUCGGUUUCAGGUUUUUUUCUUAAUGCCCCCCAAAGUAAUAAUGGUAAUAUAGCUUUUGUUCAUAGGCAUUAUUAUGGUUUGGGCUGUUCUAUGAGUCAGUUCAACCCUCUCCUAGCGGCGCGGACUAAAAUGACUGUGAGUUGGGGUCAAAACAUCUUUAUGCCCAAGAACAUAAGCGCUGUUAUUUUAUGAUAUCGUGAACGGGUUUGAAAAACAGCAACUUGUUUGAGUUAACCCGAUUUUCUUGUUUCUGUAUUUCUCAACGUAAAGACCUGAAGCAGUGGCUCUGGUUGACGCCUUUGAUCAUUCAGAUUACGUACUUAACUCUCCAUUGGGACGUUUCGAUGGCAACGUAUAUGAGGACCUUUUCAGAUGGGCGCAAAGAUCGGAGUUAAAUGAUGAACAGGUACAGUUUAUUAAUUUUUGAUGGAUAAAGAAAUGUGCAAUCGAGUUUCGAUACUAAUCUGGGAUCGCUAUGCAUUUGCUUUACUUUGCUUUGUGAGUGGUGCCGAAAACUCGUGUAAUUCUCUCAGCCAAUCAGAUUCAACACUAAAUGCAACCGCGUCCUGCUCACUCGUGUUUUCCCGCGCUUCAAUAAAUUUGCCUUAAAAAUAAACUAAUAAAUUUGCUUUCUUUUUGGUUAAUUGUGAAAUUUUCUUAUCCUCUGAUUGGUUAUCGUGAUCACUUUGGUUUUUUUUUUUUUAAACAUUCAUUCAUAGAGCGCUCUAUCAUGCGGAAAUAUCGGUAAGAGGUAUAAAAAAUUUAGGGUAUUACGACAAAACCGGCUCAAAGCAAGAGUUACCAAGGUUUUUGUAUUGUAUCUGGGCUUGGGUUUUCCAAAUCCCAUGAACACCACUAUAGGGUUGCCUGUGUGUCAUAAAACCAUUCGUUACCGUGCCAACUAAACCUGUUUUAUGAUGUUUUUGUUUAUUGAAGGACUUUGUUUUCAUUUCAGGUGUAACCAGGCUACUACAAAUACCUGCGGCCACUAAUGCAAAACAACAAAUCUAAACUAUAAUAAUAUUUUAAUUACGAUAUAGAUCAACUUGAACGUGUCAUUUUGGCGUGCUUAAUUCGGUCUGUAAUCAUACGUUGAGUGAUUGACAACAUCAGUCGACCAAAAAGCGGGAGCCCGAUUUGUUUUUUAGAAGUCUUGAGAUUCUCUUCCUCGAAGUCAAUAACAAUCUGGAGAAGUAACCCCUAACAAAAUCGUUCGCGCAUUCCACUUUAAAAAGCCAUUUGAAGCUGUAGGUUUGAUCGUGUCGUCUAAUCGUCCUGGUAAGGGGACUCCUGAAAAGGGGGUAAGUUUAUAAAGAACCUGUUGAGUUGCGUCGGUGGGAGAGUAUAACAUGAUAAUUCGCGACUUCGCUCCGACGAAGGGUUAACGCUCGAAACGUCAGCUUUAAAACUCUCUACGGUGGCCAAUUUACGUUGUCAACUCAGUUGACAAAAUAAUACCAAAAUUGUCUUGAGAAAGACUGCUGUCGGUAAUAGUGACUGAUAUUUCAACAACCUGAGUAGAAGUCAUCAUCAGGAACAAUUGAAUAGUUGUUGUUAGUGUAAUAAGUCCAGUUCAUGUGAACUACUGGUUAGUUCAGCCGUGAUGAUAAUGGCUAUAAGACUCAGUUGGUGUAAUUCGGUUGUGAUUGGUCAGUUUCAAUCCUUGGGUAAUGUUACAUCGUUCUGUUGGCUUUGUUUGUGGUGUAUCGUAAACGUGCAGAUUAUUGUUCAUCUUGAAAAGUAAAAUGCUUAAAAUAUAAUUUGGUUCUAUUUUUGCAUAGUAUCCUGUCAAACAUUGUUACUGACGAAGGAUUCAGUAACCAAAGAACGACAGCAAUUAAUAAAAGCAAGAUUUUACAGAUGGACUUCUUCAGGUUUCGUAGUUGAUGAAAGUGGAAUAUACAAAACAAAACUACGCACCCAUAUACGUGAAAAAAUAGCCUUUUUGACACAUCUUAUUAUAAUAUGAUUUCACGCCUUCAUGUUAAGGUGACAACGUUAUUGAUGUGGGGCCUCCCCCUCAAAACUAAACAAAUGAAUAAUCAUUCAAGUUACAACUUAAGCUUAUUAUAAGUACUACUAUUGUAGUUAAAAUAGUAAAACACAGGGUGCCAUUAAGGAUAAAAUGUUGCUUUCAGCACUUUAAACAAUUUAAACAAUACAGUGUCACAUCUAUAUCAUCAUUUCCUGAUAAAAAACAAGGCAAAUCCGGCACAUUAUUGCUUCCUAUAUCUUAACGAACAUCAAAGCUGAAAUAUACCUUACGAAUUAACAAAGAGAUUUCAUGUUGCCAUAUCUCUGUUUAGUAAGAGAUAAUAGAUGAUGUCAUAAUGUAGUAAGAUCCAAAAAGUGGCAAACGAGGCACAGCCACAUUGUGACGUCAUCUGUCUACCCGUAUUUGCUAUAUAUAAUAAAGAAGCAAAAAAUUGCUAAUUGUCACAUCAUCUAUGUCUGUCCUCUAAGAGGAUAAGAAUGAGCC